AUGGCUGCCAUUAGAAACAGCAGUCCAGGCUCCAACAGUGAGAAUGCUGGGGGGUCUUCACAGCCUUCCCCCGCUAGCAAACCUCAACCCUCCGAGCAGAGCAGUUCUGCUUCUCCUGGUGGUAGCAGCAGCAGCCUUGACUGGUCACAGUCCCCCAUCAACCCUUAUCUUCACACUCCUUCCUCAUCAUCAAGUGGAGGCCAGAAAGGGAGAAAAAGAAAGCUUGAUGACGUUGAUGGAAGCUCGGACGAGACCUGCAAGUCUCCAAAAAGAGUGAAGUCUGGGCACAGGUGGGAUAAUCUACAUCAGUCACAUUCUUAUCAACCGGUUCACAAAACAAAUCUAAGGACUUUAGAGGUUGAUUAAAACAUUUCUGGUCUUUUUGCAUCAUAAUAAUUUAACCUCUUUGAUAAAAUUACAGUGAGACACCUGCCUGCCCGUCCGCCUCCUGCAGCAGCCAGCAUGGAGCUGACAAGGCCCAGAUGAUCACUCCUAAGAGGGACCAGCCUGUUCCUCCUCAUCCGAAUGACCACAACACAACCCGUCAUUCGAGCUUGAGUCAGGCUAAAGUCAAGGACAGAUCAGGACUCAAAAGAAAGGCAGCUCGAGAUGAGGAUGAGGAUGAACUUGGUCAGAGAUCAGCAAAAAGGAGAAGGAGUUUGUAGGUGGUUCAGGUGAGCUGAUAUAAGCAACACACAAUGUGUAAUGCAUUUUCUAGUUUGAAACAAAAACAUACCAUGACAUGCUGUCAACCACAACAACACAUGAGUGUGUCUAACAAGUCAUUGUUGACUUCCAGAUCCACAGGAGGGGACUGAACCUGAGCAGUACCACCACAGUGGAGUUUGUGACAGCUGAACAACAACCUCCAUCUGGCUACCUUAAGAAGCAACAGUCCAGGCUGCAACAGUGAGAAUGUUGGGGGGUCUUCACAGCCGCCUUCCCCUACAGCAAACCUCAACCCUCCCAAAAUAACUGUCCUGCUUCAUCUGCUGGUAGCAGCAGCAGCCUUGACCAGUCACGGUCCACCAUCAACCCUCAUCUUCACACUCCUUCCUCAUCAACAAGCGGAGGCAAGACAAGGAGAAAAUGAAAGCUUGAUGACGUUGAUGGAAGCUCGGACAAAACCUGCAGUUGUCCUAAAAAAGUGAAGUCUGGGUACAGGUAGGAUAAUCUACAUCAGUCACGUUGUUAUCAACUAGUUUUAAUCGAAUCUGAAAACUUUAGAGGUUGAUGGAAACUUUUCUGGUCUUUCUGCAUCAUGAUGAUUUAACCUUUUUUUUUAAAAAAUCAAAUUACAGCAAAAAUACCUGCAUGCCAGUCGACCUCCUGCAGCAGCCAGCAUGCAACAGAUAUUGCCCAGACUAUCACUCCUUUGAGGGACCACCAUGUUCAUCCUGUUCAGCAGAACACCGAUACUCAAGUGAGAAAGAGGAAGCGAGCCAGAUCAGGAAAUGGAUUUCAACAAACUGAUGCAGAAAUUCCUCAAACUGACCACAACGCAAAUCCUCAUCUGAGCUUGAGUCAGGCUGAAGUCCAGGGCCAAUCAGGACUCAAAAGAAAGGCGGCUCAAGAUGAAGAUGAACUUGGUCAAAGAAGAAAAGAAAAGAAAAGAAAAGGAGUUUGUAGAUGGUUCAGGUGAGUCGAUAUAGUCAACACACAAUGCGUAAUGCAUUUUCUAGUUUGAAACAAGAACAUGCUUUAAACCACAACAACACAUGAGUGUGUCUAACAAGUCAUUGUUGACUUCCAGAUCCACAGGAGGGGACUGAGCCUGAGCAGUACCACCACAGUGGAGUUUGUGACAGCUGAACAGCAACCUCCAUCUGGCUACCUUAAGAAACAACAGUCCAGGCUGCAACAGUGAGAAUGCUGGGGGGUCUUCACAGCCGCCUUCCCCUACAGCAAACCUCAACCCUCCCGCAGAACUGUCCUGCUUCAGCUGCUGGAAGCAGCAGGAACCUUGACCAGUCACGCCCCACCAUUAACCCUCAUCCUCACACUCCUUGUUCAUCAACAUGUGGAGGCAAGUCAACUUUUCUGGUCUUUCUGCAUCAUAAUGAUUUAACUUUUUUUUUAUUAAAUUACAGCAAAAAUACCUGCAUGCCAGUCGACCUCCUGCAGCAGCCAGCAUGCAACAGAUAUUGCCCAGACCAUCACACCUUUGAAGGACCACCAUGUUCAUCCUGUUCAGCAGAACACCGAUACUCAAGAGAGGAAGAGGAAGAGAGCCAGAUCAGGAAAUGGCUUUCAACAAACUGAUCCAGAUGGUUCAGGUGAGUCGAUAUAGUCAACACAUAAUGUGCAAUGCAUUUUCUAGUUUGAAACAAGAACAUGCUGUCAACCACAACAACACAUGAGUGUGUCUAACAAGUCAUUGUUGACUUCCAGAACCACAGGAGGGGACUGAACCUGAGCAGUACUACCACAGUGGAGUUCGUGACAGCUGA